GAAUAAAAGCUCAUCAGAAACAUUCCAAAUGCAUAAGUGAUGCAUUUUGGUGGCCUAAAACCUGAGUGGAGAUCGAAAAUAACUAAAUUGGAUCACCCAGUAUUUUUUCCCAGGAUCAUCUGGACAGUGCACCAUCUUUAGGAUGGAGCCUUCCAAACCUGACUAUUGUACAUUCUUUGGCAAAAUCCAUGGAAUUCUAAUGUAUAAAGACUUCAUGAAAUAUUGGGAUGAUGUGGAGACAUUCCAGGCAAGACCAGAUGAUAUUGUCAUUGCCACCUAUCCCAAAUCUGGUACAACCUGGGUUAGUGAAAUUGUAUACAUGAUCUGCAAAGAGGGUGAUGUGGAAAAAUGCAAAGAAGAUGUCAUUUUUAAUCGAAUACCUUAUUUGGAAUGCAGAAAAGAAAAUCUCAUGAAUGGAGUAAAACAAUUAAAACAGAUGGCAUCUCCUAGAGUAGUGAAGACCCAUCUGCCAGUUGAACUUCUUCCAGCCUCAUUUUGGGAAAAGAACUGUAAGGUGAUCUAUCUUUGCCGGAAUGCCAAAGAUGUAGUUGUUUCUUAUUAUUAUUUCUUUCGAAUGAUAACGGCUCAUCCAGACCCUGGAUCUUUUCAAGAGUUUGUGGAAAAAUUCAUGGAUGGACAAGUGCCAUAUGGUUCCUGGUAUAAACAUGCAAAAUCUUGGUGGGAAAAGAGAAAGAAUCCACAUGUGCUAUUUCUUUUCUAUGAAGACAUGAAGGAGGAUAUCAGAAAAGAGGUGAUAAAAGUGAUGCAAUUUCUUGGAAGGCAGCCAACAGAGGAGCUUGUGGACAAGAUUGUACAGCAUACUUCAUUCCAGGAGAUGAAGAACAAUCCAUCUACCAAUUAUACAACAGUACCAGAUGAAAUCAUGAACCAAAAAGUUUCUCCCUUCAUGAGAAAGGGGAUUGCUGGAGACUGGAAGAAUCACUUUACUGUAGCCCUGAAUGAGAAAUUCGAUAUACAUUAUGAGCAGCAAAUGAAGGGGUCCACACUGAAGUUAAGAACUGAAAUUUAAGAAGGAUUUUCUUAAUAUACCUAAAAUUAAAUAUAUCUAAGAUUUCUUCUCAUAUUCUUCACUUUUUUUCAAAUUUUAAAUUGUUAGGUGCUUAGGUGGCUCAGUCGCUUAAGUGUCCCACUCUUGAUUUUGGCUCAGGUUCAUGAUCUCAGGGUAAUGAGAUCAAGCCUUGCAUUGAGCUCUGCACUGAGUAUGGAACCUGCUUCAGAGUUUCUUUCUUUCUCCCUCUUCUCCUGUCCAUCCCCCCACUUGUGCUCUCCCUCCCUCUUUCUCUUUCUCUACAAAAAAAAAAAAAAAAUUCGAUUGGUAGAGAACUAUAUAAAGGAUCAUGAUCAGAUUCACAUGAUUAUUAAGAUGCUCAUAUAAAAACAAGAAGUUUUUUCCCUGUUAUGAUUUUUUUUUCAAAUACUACACAAAUCUCUAAUCUAUAAAUUAUUACAAAUCUCUGAUUUAUGUGUAUGAUGUAGGAACACACAGAUAGUUUGAAUUGUCAGAAUCACACUCCAAAUUCUUUAUUUUUGUAGUUACUUUUUUCCAUUUAGUAACACAUUUAGCAUAUGCAUAUAUUUAUAUAUACAUAUAUGCACAAAUAUAUAUAUUAAUAACUGUGCCUGAACUUUGAAGACCUUGGGAGAAAAAAUUAAAGAAUAAAUACAUUUGGGGUAAUAACUAUACCUACUAUUUCCUUCUUGAUAUCCUUUCAUUUUCUGCAAACUGGCUUAAUUUGGAAUUUACCUUAGUCUAAUAUAAAUUUGGACAGAACAGAUUUCCAGAUGUAUGUCAGUAAUCCUAGUGAGUACUAUUUAUGCUUGAAUGUCUUGAGAAAUAUUUAUGCUCCAGAGGUCCUUUUCUCCUAUAUGCAAUGUAAUGAAUACAAGUUCGGUAAAGUUUUAAAGAAUGUGAUAUUUGCCUGUAAAAAACAAAGCAAAAAUAAAAGUAAGAAGAGGAAUUAUUAUUUUCUAUUUAAGCACUGCUGUUUUGGCUUGUGUCUCCUAUUUUUCUGUAUUUUAUUGAUGAUUUUUUUCUAUAUUAUGCUUAUUAUAACACUCAAUGCUUCCUUUCUCUAAGUUGGAAGACACACAAGAUUGUGAAAAAAAAUCAGUGUCUUUAGAAUAUUACAUCUUUUAUUAUUAAGCUAAAAGAUAGAGAUAAACUGAUAGGAUUUGUGCUCUUAUUCCUUGAAGAAAAAUUUAGGGAUUUCUCAGCACUCUGUUCAAUAAUUAUAAUUUUUCAGAAUCAAAGCAAUUUUUUUAAAAAAAUGUGUAACAGUUACACAUAAUGCAAAAAUUGGAGAAUCUCAAAAACUAUUAAGAUUUGGUUGGGGUGGGAUGUGAGGUAGAAUUUCAGUCUAUAAAAGAAACAAUUGUUAUUAUUUUUUAAAUAUUUAUUCUGUCAUGGUUGUUUUUCAUUUAUCAUUAUAGUUUAUAAUAACAGCUUUUUAACUGUGUAGUUUGUAAAACUAAUUGUUGGUCUUGCCUACAUAUUAAAACUAAACAAGAAUAAACUCA